GGAGUUAUGGAAAACUGCGUCACUCUGACCAAAUCGGUUUUACCUCCCUGCCUUGUUGACAGAGGAAGGAUGUUGCACAUGGCUCGGUUCUGAUGGGACUCCGGCUCACCACAGCUACACUUUUGGAUCCGAACGCCCUGGAGAAGCAAGGACCGAUCAAGACGCUUUUACGUCAUGGAGACAGUCGGAAUUUAUUUCUGCUUGUUGCUGCGGCUGCUGCCUAAAAUGAACCUUUGAUGGGUUUGAUGGAGCUGACUGGCGUCGGAGCUUCGCAUCAAUGCCUUUCAGACCUUCUUGAAUAUUAGGAACAUCCUUUCUGCCGCAUCAUGGAUGGAAGUCAAAGUAACUACUGGGGCCACCAAGAACUGCACGGAGUGUGCUUCGGCCUGAGCGCUGACAUGGACCACAACCUGACAGGGCUUCAGCAGCAACAAACGGCCAGGGAGUUUAACCCCGCCCGGUUUCCUGCUUUCUACUCCGAUGCUUACCGGCUAACGUCGGGUAAUGUUCUGCAUCCCUGCGAGGGAGACCAGGUGGUCCCUUCGUCCCAGAGAAGAGGCCGCCAGAAAGAGGCCAAACCCCUCCCUCCUUUGCCUGACCCUGAGGACUUUAUGUCAGAUGAAGCUGCAGACAGUGAGGUCGAAUUCUUUACCAGCGACCGCCAGCGCCUCCUGCCCAAAAGCUGCUCAAAGGCGAUAACCAGAAGCAGCAACAAAAACUGUGGUCAGGUGAAUUUUGCCUACCAGGGGGGCUCACUGGCGAUCAGGCCUGCUGGAUCCGACUCCAUCGCUUUCUCCUGGCCAAGCAGAGAGGACAGACCGCUGGGCAGAGAAAGCAGAAUUGCAGCAAACUUUGAUCAGUUUGCUCACGAGAAAAGAGACAACCAGCUCGAGGGGUCUUCUGUUGGAGGCAAACUGUCAGACCAAGCGCAGCCGUCCUCCAGAAACCGAUUUUCCUGUUCGGGUCUUCCUUCUGAUGCCCAUACGAGUUGUCCGCCCGUCCUCCCUGAAAAACCUCGAAUCCCUCCUCGCAUCCCCAUCCCGCCCAAACCCUCUGCUUCCUCAAAGCCAGCGAGCGACAACGACGACGAAAACCCCCCCAAGAUCCCCCCACGCGUCCCCUUGGUGCCGCCCUGCCCGCCACGCACCCCGAGCCCCAAAAGCCUCCCGAUUUACAUCAACGGCGUGAUGCCCGUCACGCAGAGUUUCGCUGCUAAUCCAAAUUAUGUGAGCAAGACCGUACAGAGGCAGCAGAGUGAAAGGGCUCCGCCAGCGGCACAGUUUUCUCCCUGCAUCGUUCCCAUUUUGAAGGACGGCAAACAGGCCAGCGCCACACACUACAUCCUGCUGCCGCCGGGGCGGCACGCUCACGCCGAGAGGCGGGGAAGGCUCCUGAGCGAGCCCAACAGGACGGGAUGUGUGUGGCAGAAAAGAUAGACAUCCUCCCAACGAGUAAAUGCAAAGCAAGUGACUGACAUUAGGCAUGGGCCAGUAAAACUGUCUUAUGGCAUAAUUUUUAGUUAAAGACAAAAAAAUAAAACAGCAUCAUGGUAUUAAUAAGGAAAAAAAGGUUUUAAGAGCUUCUUAUGGAGAGUAUAAUACUUUUUUGCCAUUCUUUAUAGAGUAACAAACUGAUUGUGUGCUUUGAAUAAAUUUAAAAAAUACUGAUUUGCAACAUGUUACAAUCAAGGUGUGAUGUGGAAAAUAACAGCCAAGAAUACCAGUUAGGUGUAAUUCAGUGCAAACCCACUUAAUUUAAAAAGCAGCUUUUGAACUGAAGAUGAGAAAAAAAAAAAAGAAAAGAAAAAAAAAGCGGCCUUCGUCCAGUCAGCCGACUGGUCGUGCAUAUCAACAAGCAGCAGGAGAACAUGACCCGUCCAGUAUUUCUCUUCAUUCUCAUUAAAAGGACUUUAAGCCACAGGAACGGUGCGACAGAAACUUCUAGCGUUAGCGGUUUUAAACCAAGCUACACCUUGAUACCAGCACUGACCCAUGCCUAACCCACAUUGUUGUUGUGUACAUGAUACACUGCUGUAUGUAUGUUAUCCGUCACUCGUUUAUUUUAUUUUGUGUGGUUUUAUUAUCUGUGGUUUCACUGUGAUUUGUUUUUGACUGAAUUUCCUACCGGUCAGUAUUUCUAAGAGACAUUUUUACUGUUCAACCCUACAACAAUAAAGUACGGCACUCAGUAUUUCUCUAGCAGUGGAGGAAACACACUUACCUCAUUUAACAUUUUUCACUGAGAAGUAUUUCUCAAUUAAUUACAAAGUCAUCUGGGUUUUGUUGUUGUUGUUGUUUUAGUUAGUUUAGUUUAAAUAAACAAAACUCGUAGUUAUUACCCACAUAUUGAUAUAUUUCUGUUGUUUCUGUUCAUGAUUAGAGGUUUUAAUUAACUAAGCCAGAAUGAUCAAAAUAAUAAAAAGAAAACAUUUCAAAUAUAUCACUGUGUGUAACGACGGUUAGAUUACCUUUUUUAAACUGAUAUUCUACUUUAUUGAGAUAUACUGUCCUGCAGUUUUUUUAAAAUGUGUAAUUACUGAGUAGUGCUUAUUGGAAAGUUGUGCUAAUGUCAGUAAAACCAUCCUGAACCAAUACGGUUUUCCUUAAAAGAGAGCACAUAAUUAAAGGUACAAGCUGGGCUUGUGCCUUUGUUCUGAUUGCACAAGUUGUUGUUUUAUACUCACAGAUGUAAUAUUUUCAUAUCAUUUUAAACAUUUGGACUGAUGCUAAGUGUGACAGUGAAGGGUAUGUUUGGUGAACACAUCCCAUUAUCAGAAGAGACCUUAAAGUGUUUUCUUUCAUAAUUUUCAGGUUUUGAUUUGAUCAAUUUGCCCAUUUCAAAUUUUCAGCUUUUUGAAUUUUUGUCGCACACAUUCCAACUAGAACGUAUUAUAUUAAAAGACAUAAUUAGACAUCUGAAUACAUAAACCCACACCUAAAGUUCAAAUGAAAUAUAAUCAAGGAAUCGCUUCACUUAGUUUUUUUUUUUUAUAUAUCCUAAUCCCCUUUAGGUCUUCUGCCUAUUAUUUAAUUUUUCCAGACAAAGGAGGCCUACUUAGCUCAAAUCAGAUUUCACAUUUAUGAUAAUUUAUUCCCACAUGUACAUUUUUUGUCAGCAUUGGUUCAAUUGGCAUGGUAACUGUCCAUGUUGGAUUUAUUUUUACAGAGAUUUGUGGAUGAAAUCCAGUUACGUUUACACUGCUGAAGUUCAGACUCAUGUUUACAACCUUUGUUACACCGACUUCAUGAAGUUCUUAUAAAGGUUCAACAUGGAUUCAGGCCCUUGAAAGGCUGCAGAUUGUAAUAUUGUUUUAUGGUCUAUUUAAUGAAAUAAAUAACUUAUUCAUUGUGUAA